AUGGAUUCCCCUCUCCUCUGUAGUUUUGAUGAAAUGGCUGUGUAUGACCUUCCUGCUUCAAUAAACUUUAUACUGAACAAAACUGGUCAGGAGCAACUCUUCUACGUUGGCCAUUCUCAAGGCACCACGAUAGCUUUCGCUGGAUUUUCAGCUUUGCCACAGCUGGCAAAAAAGAUAAAAAUGUUUUUUGGGUUGGCAGCCGUUGCUACUGUAAAGUUUUCAUCUGGCCCUUUGGCCAAACUUGGACUGCUUCCUGAACUGCUGGCCAAAAAAAUGUUUGGAACUAAACAGUUUCUUCCCCAGAACUCUGUUAUGAGAUGGCUUGCUACUCACGUGUGUGACCAUGUCUUACUUGACGAUAUUUGCGGCAACUUGUUUUUUCUCGUGUCCGGAUUUAAUGAGAAAAACCUAAACAUGAGCCGAGUAGAUGUAUAUUCAGCGCAUUGCCCAGCUGGAACAUCUGUCCAGAAUAUGAUUCACUGGAGUCAGGCUGUAAAGUCUGGGGAACUCAAAGCAUUUGACUGGGGAAGCAGAAAAGAAAAUAUGGUUCACUAUAACCAGCCAACACCGCCUUUCUACAAAGUAAAAGAGAUGCUUGUUCCAACAGCUAUUUGGACGGGUGGCCAUGACUGUCUCGCAGACCCAAAGGAUGUUGCCCUCUUACUGACUCAGAUCCCAAACUUAAUAUACCACAAGCACAUCCCAGAUUGGGAACAUCUGGAUUUCCUCUGGGGCCUUGAUGCCCCACAACGCAUGUUUAAAGAUAUGAUUCAGUUGAUGCAGAAACUUCAGUAGGCCCAUUAAUUACUUGGAAUUGUAGUCCCAAAACACCAGCACAAUUGUGAAAAGGAAGUCCAGUUUUUUGAAUUCAUACAGUAUUAAUCUGAACAUAUGCGUCUUGCAACACGUCAAGAAAUGGAAAUUUUGCACUAGUUAUAAGUAUUUAAAUCCAUGCAGCUUUAAUGGAGAGGCAGAAAUUAGGUCCUGAAUGAAAACAAAUGAGAUGGUCUUUGAAAUGAGGGAAAAGGAAGGGUGGGAGGAUGACACUUUAUUGCACCUUGCUAACAUCCAUGACACAGGCUAGGAAAGCUAUUUUGGUUUUUAAAAGUCAGGGUUUGGGGGUUUUUGUUUUGUUUUGUUGGAGCAGAUUCCUUCCAAGUGCACUUAAAUGUUGAUAAAUUUGCAUAGUUUGGAUUUGGAAUCAUAACAGGAUAAUCCAUGAUUGUAAUUAGUAAUGAUUUAAAUUUAACGUCUUUCAAAUCUACAUUUCCUGCUCCUUUCAGAGCACAUUCUUUGUUUGCUUAAAAUGUGAAAGAAGUGUUUGGACAGCAGUGUCUUGGUUCUCUAAACACAAAAGGUCCUGGAACUUUUACAAAACCGAUUCCCUGGCUUAAAAUCCUCCUGUGGUCCAGGAAUCUUGCAACCCAUGCUUAAAGAUGCACCUCUCAGUAAUACUGGGAAAACACGUUUUCACUUGUUUCAGUAAAGAGAGCCUUGCAGGGCAGGCUUCUGAGUUAUAUUCAGAAUUUUGGUAACAGAUGCAUGCUUUAUGUUUAUGGGGCCUUUGGAAGACCUGGGUGUUUUAGAGCAGUGUUGUCCAAACUUGGCCACUUUAAGAUGAGUGGACUUCAACUCCCAG